AUGCCCACCUUGAAGCCGAUCCUCCUCGUCUCAGGCCUAGGUAACGGCGUUGGGAUCGGAGGCGCCUGUGCGCGCUUAUUCUCCCUCGACGGUUAUCGCAUCGGCUUAAUCUCCCGACCGCGUCAAGACAUCCAUGAUCUCUGUACAGAGUUGAACGGAAAGGGAGGUGAGGCAAAGGUUUUCUCGGUAGAGGGUUAUGAUCAUGAGAAUUUGGAAAGGGUUUUUAAAGAGGUUCGGAAGGAGUGGCCGGGGAGUCGGUUGAAAACGGCGGUUUGGAAUACGAGUCAGUGGUGAGUUUUUCAUUUAUUUUUUACUUGAUCGGUGGUGGUGGGGCGGUUGUGGGAUGGAGGAGGAAAAGGGGACAAGGGGGUCUUCGAACAGAGCAAUCGGAAGACGAUCGAGUCUGAAAGGAAGAGUACUUGGGUCUGGAGGGAAGCUCCAGUGACCGAUCCCUAACAAAGACCACUCCCUCUUCUUGCCCCAAGGUCCAACAUCCCCUUCCUCGACAUCAAAGAAUCCGACAUCCGCGCCAGCACCCAAAUCAACAUCAUCUCCGCCACCGCGUUCGCGCAGCAUGCGGUCAGGAUGUUUCUUGAAAAACCGGCGUCGGAGGAGAAGGAGGAUGCUGUGGGAGGUGAGUUUGGGAAGUGGGAUUUGGGAGGAUGGGGGCUGAUGAGCUUUGCUGAAUUUGGUUUCAUCCAUUCCAAUUCGAUAGGCACGCUGAUUAUCACGGGUGCGACGAGCGCGACGAGAGGGGCGUUGGGUUUCGGCGCUUUCGCUGCGGGCAAAUCGGGGUAGGUUUUUUUCUCGUUUCGGAGCCAUUGACCUCGGAUAAGCAACCAGCACUCAUCAACUCAAUAUCUACCCACCGCAUGAUUUCCUCCAGUCUUCGGGCCCUAAGUCAAUCCAUCGCACGCGAAUUCGGACCCCAAGGUGUGCACGUCGCCUUCGUCAUCGUCGACGGUACCAUCAAAACCAAAGCGACAACCCGUCUAUUCUCCAAUCGUCAUGAACGAUCGCAAGAUGGAAAGAGUUGGUUGGACGAUGAGACGUUGGCCUUACAACCUGGAUCGAUCGCCAAAGCGUACAAGUAUUUGAACGAACAGGAUCCGAGCGCAUGGACGCUGGAGAUGGAUUUGAGACCCGCCAAGGAAAAGUUCUAA